GUCCCUCCCUCCCGCCCUGUCCGAUUGACCGGGGGGGAAAUGAGCCGCCAGCCACUUCACUUGUCAAUCCAGCCCCUUAUCAGCAGGCAACACCACAGCUCCCCCAUACACAUAAGCGGCCAAACAUGUGCCACCAGUCAUACGACCGAUGGAGCUCCCUGACAAUUGUCAUACAUACGAACAAGGAGACACGAGAUAUUCUCUUGGCUUCACUGUCGCUCUCGGCUCGCCCGUCUUUGCUCACCUCGUGAGUAUUCUUUACGGCCGUCCCGUUUUUCCGCCUCAGAUAGAUGGUCCACGCAAACGACGCGACUCGAGAUAGAACCGUCACAAGAGUGAAGAAGGCAGGCACAACAAAGAGUAUUGGGUUGCUAGCCUCCGUCGCCCACACGAUUGUCAGCACCAAGAUGGGCACUUCCAGCAGGGCAAAUGCCACAAUCCAGAUGUGUUGGCAUAGGGAGGGAGAGCCGCGGAUGGAAUAGUGAAGAAACAGCGACACAAAGUCGGCCCACGAUAUGAACAUGAUGACAUAGCCGGCAACUCCAUAGCCUUUUGUUACUUCGUUCACGCACCCCCAAUCCCACUCGACCCCACAAAUGGAUCUCCACUGGUCAAGUCCACUCCCGCUGGUCAAUUCCACUCCCACCGCCAAAUCAGUCAUGAAGUCCACGGCCAUCCCCACGACGGCCAGCAGUUUGUACAACCGAAUGAAAGUGAGAUAGUCCAUCCGUUUGAGCCACCGCUUGACCACCGAGCGGUAGAGGAAGGGCUCUGUCUGCCGAGCCUUGGCUAUGCGCUCGGCCGUCGCCGAAGGUCUCCAGCCUGCCCGACGGCCGCAGCAUGAGAGCCGGUUGUGAUCGACGUCGAUUUCCUUUACACCCGUUGAUGUGGUCGAUGCACGGGUAACCCGCGGCUCAGAGAUGACAACCAGCAAAGUGAACUGCAGAAGGGCCGCUCCAGCCAGCCACGCCAGUGCGGCUAAGGGGUCAUCGGAGAGGUCGCCGGCAGUCCCGAACUGCUGACGAGCCGAUAAAUAGAUGAGAAUGGUGAGGACAAUCGAAAUAUAGACGACGCAUCGGAUGCCCCACCAGAGAGGCGGUGCGCACAGACUUCCCAAUCCAAUCAAGAGCACCUGAGAUGGCGAUGCCCAAGUCACAACCAUCAAUCCGAUGUUUCUCCCUCUUCCAUCAAUCUCAAGACGGAAUGGGAUCUCCUCGCUCAAGUGGAAGAAGUAGAAACAGCCUCCCCACCACCAGAAUGCAUAGAUCACGACGAGGCCGAUAAUGAGAAGGAAAUGCCUGAGAGCGUAAUCCCUCAGCCACAAGGUCACACAGCCAAUCCGCAGCACCAGAAAGCCCCACAGGUCACCCUCCUCAGCCGAAGCAUCCCCGUCGCCAAGCGGAGCCCGGCCGUCCACUGCAGGGGUGGAGACCGAUGUCGAGACGGUGGUGGGAAUGUCUGAGAGCCGAGCGCCGCCUUCGCCAUCUCCUUCAGCUGGCCUUUUCGUCGUGACGUCCCCUUCAGAAGCUGAUUGUCUGAGGACGUCUGUGUCUGGGGGAUCAGCCGUGGCAGGAGGAGGGGCGCUGACAGACGUGGGCGGCCUCAUGCCUGCGUCACUGGCAGAGCUCGAUCUGGAGAGCCGCUCGGCUCCCUCUCCUCCGCG